CAAAUAUGUGCUUCAAGUGUACAUUUCAUACCUAAAAAAAUUGUAAAUAUUCGCUUUAAAUUUGUUGAAAAUGGAUUCAAACGAUGUUUUAGAGGAUAAGGAUAGUGGGCCGGAGGUACAGCUCAAUUUACCAGGCUCUGUCAUCAGCAGGAUAGAAGAAUUGAUGGGCGGAACUGAACAAUUUGAUAGCGAAGAAUUCGACGCAGUCGCGUACAUAAACCGAGUGUUUCCGACGGAACAGUCGUUGUCUGGAGUGGAAUCAGCAGCGGCUAGGUGUGAAUUUCGUUUGGCGAGCGUUCAACAUGAUAUACGGAGAUUAGUGAGAGCUCAACAUGACCAGCGCGUUGCGGGACACCAAGCGCUACUGGAUGCUCAGCGUUCUAUAGCUGAGUUAGCUCUACAGGUAGCCGACAUUAACAAAAAAGCUGAACGUAGCGAAAGCAUGGUCCGCGAGAUCACAGCCGAGAUUAAACAGCUGGACUGUGCUAAAUGGAAUCUCACAGCUGCCAUCACAGCUCUCAACCACCUUCAUAUGUUAGCUGGAGGCGCUGCGUCAUUACGAACCCUGGCUCAGAAACGACAGUAUAAGGAACUGGUGCUGCCUUUGCAAGCUAUUAUGGAGGUUCUAGAGCAAUUGGAGAUGUACCGCGACAUUCAGGAGCUGAACGCGCUCCGGGACGAGGUACACGCGAUUCGGGCUCAACUAGCUCAACAGAUCCUGGCCGACUUCAAGGAGGCUUUGACGGGGGGUGGUAAGACCACGAUAUCACCACGGACACUAAGUGAAGCGUGCGCUGUGGUAGAUGCUCUGGAGCCCCACGUGAAGCAGGAACUGAUCAAUUGGCUGAUUACCAUGCAGUUACAGGAGUACUCGCACCUGUUCUCGGGCGAGCAGGAGGAAGCGUGGGUGUCGCACGUGGAGCGGCGCUACGCGUGGCUCAAGAAGCACCUGCUGCGGUUCGAGGAGUCGCUGGCGCUGGCGCUGCCGCCCGCCUGGAGGCUGAGCGAGCGGAUCGCGCACCGGUUCUGUAAGAUAACACGUAAAGCCCUCAGCGAGAUAAUGCAGGCGAGACGGAACGAAGUCGACGUGAAGCUCCUUCUCUACGCCAUACAGAAGACUUACAACUUCGAGCUUUUACUGCACAAGAGGUUUGUUGGUACGGAGUUAGGGGCGGAGGUCGAUCCCGCGUCCCUGAAGUUAUCUUUCGACGAUGAUGACAAAGAGGUAGAAAAUGACGAGAAUACGGUAAACACGAAGGGCUCGCCCUGGGUAGGUCUGAUUGGAGCCUGCUUCGAACCUCAUCUUUCACUCUACAUCACCAGUCUCGACACCAACUUGAGAGCCCUCAUGGACAGAUUCAUACAGGACGCGAAAACAUCAGACCCGGCAUCUUCAAGUGAAGUCGGCAGUGGCGCUGGUGCGGUCAUGUCGAGUUGUGCGGACCUAUUCCUCUUUUAUAAGAAGUGUCUCGCUCAGUGCGCGACUUUGUCUACUGGGGAUCCCAUGUUGGAGCUGGCGGGCGUGUUCGGGCGCUACCUGCGCGAGUACGCGGGCAGUGUGCUGCAGGCAGCGCUGCCGCGCUGUUCGGCGCCCGCGCUGCCGCUGGGCGUGCCCGCACUCGUCACCAAUCUGCACACGCUGCUGCGGGACGACGCGCCCAGGUACACAAAACAGGAAAUAGCAAAAAUAACAAGCGUCAUAACAACAUCAGAGUACUGCCUUGAAACCACCGUCCACUUGGAGCAGAAGUUGAAAGAGAAGAUAUCACCAAACCUAGCAGACAAGAUAGACCUAGCACCAGAACAGGAUCUCUUCCAUAAGAUGAUCAGCAACUGCAUCCAACUUCUCGUCCAGGAUCUGGAGAUGGCCUGCGAACCAGCUCUCCAGGCUAUGACCAAAAUAUCCUGGUUGCAUUUCGACAACGUCGGUGACCAGAGUUCCUAUGUCACCCAAAUAAUAAUGCACCUGAAGAAUACGAUACCAAACCUACGGGAUAACUUGGCAUCUUCCAGAAAGUACUUCACGCAGUUCUGCAUAAGAUUUGCCAAUUCGUUUAUACCGAAAUUUAUACAAAAUAUAUACAAAUGCAAGCCGAUAUCCACCGUUGGGUCUGAACAGCUAUUACUUGAUACUCAUAUGCUAAAAACGGCUCUCCUGGAGUUACCCUCAAUCGGUUCAGAUGUAAAGCGUCAAGCGCCAACAACUUACACCAAAGUGGUGAUCAAACUGAUGACGAAAGCGGAAAUGAUUUUGAAACUGGUGAUGGCACCAUUGGACAAUAAUUUAGAAGGCUUCGUCAGUCAGUUUGUCCAGCUUUUACCUGAGAGUACGUUGGCAGAGUUUCACAAAGUUUUGGACAUGAAAGGCGCUAAGUUAUCCAAAACUCAAAUGGCGUCUUUGGAUGCGAAAUUUAAGGAAAUAACUAAAAAUGCACAUAAUGAUAGUAAUAAAUGAGAUGUAUGAAUUUUGUAAUGUUUGGCGCAUAUUGGUGACUAUUUGGAAGAUAGCCCAACACUAGCCAGUGUUGUAUAUACUGGUAUCUAACUUAAUUGGAAACUAUUUCUUACUUACUUACUAAAUAUAGGCAUAAAGUAUCUCAA